AUGGGUUGUGUUAAUUUUCGUGUUAUUGCAACAAUAUUAUUAGUUGGUUUUUAUCAUCAAACUUGUUUUGUGGAAAGCGUACCAAACACCACAGUCCUAAUCACUCAGUGCAACAACGGAGUUUAUGCGAAUGGCGAUCCGUUUGGGAUUAGUGUCGCUUAUGUUGUUGAUGAUUUAGAAAGCGCUACGCCUUUUCGGCAAGGCUACGUUUAUCGCAACAUUUCACCUUAUCCUAACGCUUUUGCUUAUGGGGAAGCUAAUUGCAAUCAAAGUCUGAACGGCUUGGAUUGUGGCACGUGUUUGGGCGCUGCCAAAAAAGCUAUGCUGAGCUCAUGUGUUAGCCGGAUUGGGGCUCGUUCUGGGCUCGUUGAUUGUUCGAUGAGGUUUUCUGUAUACAAUAUUUUGAAUGAAUGA